ACUUUCUGACACGGAAUAUAUCAAACUCACCUUCUUAAAAUCCUACCCCUCUUGCACCUACAAAAGCCCUGCAACUUUACAUUCUUCCUCAGUCUCUCCCCUCCAGUCCCCUCCCUAUAUUUCUUCUAUUGACACUUUCAUUAUUUUUUUAUUAAGACUAAUCAAUCAAGAUGAGAGAAAUCCUUCAUGUCCAAGCUGGUCAGUGUGGUAACCAAAUUGGUGGCAAGUUUUGGGAGGUUGUGUGUGAUGAACACGGGAUUGAUCCCACAGGGAAUUAUGCUGGCAACUCUAAUGUUCAACUUGAGAGGGUUAAUGUUUACUACAAUGAGGCUAGUGGUGGUCGCUAUGUGCCUAGAGCUGUGCUAAUGGACCUUGAGCCAGGGACCAUGGACAGCUUGAGGACUGGUCCCUACGGGCAAAUCUUUAGGCCUGACAAUUUUGUUUUCGGCCAAAAUGGAGCUGGAAAUAACUGGGCUAAGGGACAUUACACUGAAGGAGCUGAACUGAUCGAUUCUGUUCUUGAUGUUGUUCGAAAAGAAGCUGAGAAUUGUGAUUGCUUACAAGGCUUCCAAAUCUGUCAUUCUCUGGGAGGUGGAACUGGAUCAGGAAUGGGGACUCUGCUCAUAUCAAAGAUCAGGGAAGAAUACCCUGAUAGGAUGAUGUUAACUUUCUCAGUAUUUCCAUCUCCCAAGGUUUCUGAUACUGUGGUUGAGCCCUACAAUGCAACCCUCUCUGUACACCAACUAGUUGAAAAUGCUGAUGAGUGCAUGGUCCUUGACAAUGAGGCUCUCUAUGAUAUCUGCUUUCGAACUCUCAAGCUCACCAAUCCAAGCUUUGGUGAUCUUAACCACUUGAUCUCAACAACCAUGAGUGGAGUAACAUGUUGCCUUCGAUUCCCGGGCCAAUUGAACUCUGAUCUUCGGAAACUAGCCGUGAACUUAAUCCCCUUCCCACGUCUCCAUUUCUUCAUGGUUGGUUUUGCACCGUUAACAUCCCAAGGCUCACAACAGUACCGUGCCUUAACCAUCCCGGAGCUGACACAACAAAUGUGGGAUGCUAAAAACAUGAUGUGUGCAGCUGAUCCUCGGCACGGUAGGUACUUAACAGCCUCAGCUAUGUUCCGAGGCAAAAUGAGCACUAAGGAAGUUGAUGAACAAAUGAUAAAUGUGCAAAACAAGAACUCAUCAUAUUUUGUUGAGUGGAUUCCAAAUAAUGUUAAAUCAAGUGUUUGUGACAUUCCACCAACUGGGUUAGCAAUGUCAUCAACAUUUAUGGGAAAUUCUACGUCUAUUCAAGAAAUGUUUAAGCGUGUUUCGGAACAAUUUACAGUCAUGUUUAGGAGAAAAGCGUUUUUGCACUGGUACACUGGGGAAGGAAUGGAUGAAAUGGAGUUUACCGAGGCUGAAAGUAACAUGAACGAUUUGGUUUCUGAAUAUCAACAAUAUCAAGAUGCCGCAGCCGAUAAUGAGGGGGAGUAUGAUGAUGAAGAGCCUAUGGAGAACUAAGGAGAAUUUGAUCUGGUUAUUUGCCUAUGGCUAUGGCUUCAAGGAUGAGUUGUUUCUGGUGGUUAUUUAUGUUACUGUAUGGAGGUCAAUAUUUGAAUAAGAGAUUGUGAAUAUUUCUAUUUAUAAUCUGUGAGUAUAAAAUUUGUAUUAUUGUUUUGUUAUAAUGUGGAUGACUAUCGUUUUUCUUCA